AAGCGAUGUUGACAUGCUUGGAAAACGUACGUGGAGCCGACGCGGAGUACUACGUGAAUCAGCUGCACCACUACAGGAAGGAGCUGCGGAGCUGCGUGAAGGUGCAGCUCGACAGGGCGAGCGCCGCGAACCAGCCUUGUUCGGCUCAAUCCUUCGUCUACUGCUUAACUCAAGCACUGCACGACAAAGUGAGCAAGAAAAAGAAAGCUGGUGUGAAGCCCUUCGCUCGAAAAAUAAAGCACUGCAUGCGGCAGAAGUUGAAGCCAGUUCACGCGCGAGCCUUCUUCGUACCGAUGACUACGGUGCUGGCGGGACAAGCUGGCACCGAAGACCACACAGAGAUGCCCUUCGAGGUGCCCCUCAUGAUGACCACGUCGGGCCGGACGUCGUUAUAGUCAUUAUGGACUUUCGUGGCACGCGCUAUAUAUCGCGCGCUUUUCCUUCCUCGCAAAAACCACGAGUGACAGUGAAAUGCUUCUCAACAAAGAACUUGAAGGACAACAAAAUGGCGACCGAAACGCGGCCGUAUAUCGACAGCGACUUUCGUAUAUGUAAGCGCUCUUCCGCUGGCCUUUCACCAAACCUGCCCUCUAGCAUCGCAAUCGCUGCGCAUAACCCCGCCUCUUACUACGCUCUCUUUUCCGUCUGCUACCUUGAUCACUCGCUUUUAUAAAGCAACCCCAGAACAAAGACUAAAUCAGUUUAGAGACAUAACAUAUUCUUUCAGAACUCUUUUUUUAACUGGAAGAGCUUGGUUAACAGAAGAUGAAAUGUAGACCAAACUUUCAAUUUCUUACAUUUUUCGCCGGAGCUGCCGCACCGGUAUAUGUGACUUCACAUAUUUGAAUGUUCUUGUGAGUUUUUUUUUUUGUAUUUCAGGCAUGUGAUGGGAGUAAAAUUCUCGUAGUUUGUUCAGUUCAGCGUUCGAAGUCUAUACAUCCUCCAGUAUCUACCAGCUAGCCGCUGUCAACACUCAAGCGUAGCCUUUUUUUUAGAAUACAAUGCAGUCUACUUUUGUCUACAAGAGAUUAACCUAGGCCCGCAAAGACGCCAUCAAAAUUCCUGACGUCACCGACAAGCUUGUGCGCGAACCUCAAGGUGGGAUCGCCACCCGUCCGUGGUUUUUGCUUCUUUUCGUGGUAAUUAGAAUAUCUUUCUAAGUAUUCUUGAAGGACAAUUUACUAAAUACAGCACAACUUCCUUUUCUCUUUAGCGUCCCUCUAACGCCAAAGCUUCAGGAAGCUGAUCUUCAUAGGAUGAGAGCGCGGAUACGUAACGAACUGAAUCAAUGUAAGCCCACAUGAAUGUUUCGUUAAAUAGUCCAUAGAUAUUUAUAGACAUGCCAUAGAAUGUCUACGGAAAUCAUAAGCUGAACAUUGAAUAACUGUGCAAUUUGUCAACAAACAACCAGCAGACUUAUGGUCUCACAGCUUCUUGCCAACAAAUGUGUUUGUGACUUCAGCAAGCAGCGCCUUCGGAUG